AUGAAUGAUAAAAGACCGGAAGAUAGGCAUGCAUACUCCCAGCUAGGACAGAAUCUUAUUCAGAGGCAUUCAGAUCAACUAUCUACGCAGUUGUCGGUUUUUCAAUCGGCUUUGAUUAAUUUUGGCAGUGAUCAUGGAGACGAAAUUAGACGAAAUCCAGAAUUCCGUAACAAAUUUACCCAGAUGUGCCAACUGAUAGGAGUUGAUCCGCUAGAAUUAUUGAUAUAUUCCAAUUCUAAGAAUUCAAAGUCUCGAAAUGAAGAUUUUUAUAUUGGGUUAUCGGUACGAAUAGUGGAAGUGUGUCAGGAAACGAGGGAUGUUAAUGGAGGGUUGAUAUCAAUGAAAGAAUUGUUAUCACGUCUACAGGAUAAUGACAACUUGGAGAUUCUGAUAAGGGAAAGCGAAAUUCAACAGGCGUUGUCUAUUUUAUUUGCAUUGGGAAAUGGCUAUGAGAUAUUGAAUAUCAAUGGCAAGAAGUGGCUAAAGUUUUCGUCAGCCACAAGCGGUAAUACAAACAUAUCUAACGAUCAGAAGAAGAUCUACGAAGUCUGUGGAUUUAUGGGUGGAUUUGUAACAUAUAGAUUAUUAAUUGACAAUUAUGGAUGGGAUAAAAUACGGUGUAAAACCGUUAUUGAUGAAAUGAUUAUGGACGGUUUCUUGUGGAUUGAUUCACAGGGAGUUGAUGGCGAAUUACAAUACUGGGAACCAUCUUGGAUUUCUAAUUAA